UAUCGAUUCAAAAACAAAUCCGACAAUGGCGGCCUUCCCGAAUAUAUCACCUAAUCUUUCCCGCUACAAACUCUUCUCUACUUCCGUCGUUGAGAACUGUCUCUCUCCAUAUCGGCGGCGGUUGAUCAAAUCGCAUCUCCAAGCUCAGAACAGUGGUACCACUAUUAGCUAUGGUCCUCGGACGACGGAACUCGCCUCCUCCUCGAAGAAGCUAUGGAUUAGGCAGCGAAGCUUCAACGAAAUGGAGGUUGAGCAAGAACAAGUAGGAGAAGAAGAGAUAGAGGAUAUGAGUGACGAGGCGAGUCUGCUCUCGUUGAGCAUGAAACCGGAUAGAAACAUGGCGUUGCUCGACGAUUACGAGAUGGAGGAGCUCGGCCACACUCCUCCUGAUACCAAUCAUCGCAGUGGAUACGUGGCGGUGGUUGGGAUGCCGAACGUGGGCAAAAGCACGCUUUCUAAUCAAAUGAUUGGUCAGAAAAUCUCUAUUGUCACUGAUAAACCUCAAACCACGAGGCAUCGUAUCCUCGGUAUCUGCUCCACCCCUGAUUAUCAGAUGAUACUUUUUGAUACUCCUGGUGUGAUUGAGAAGAAGAUGCACAGGUUAGAUACUAUGAUGAUGAAGAAUGUCCGUGAUGCUGCCAUCAAUGCUGAUUGCGUUGUCAUUCUUGUUGAUGCUUGUAAAACCCCUGCUAAUAUAGACGAAGUUUUGAAAGAAGGCUUGGGAGACCUCCAAAAGAGGCCACCCAUGCUCCUUGUUAUGAACAAGAAAGAUCUCAUUAAACCUGGUGAGAUUGCCAAGAAACUCGAGUGGUAUGAAAAAUUCACAGAUGUUGAUGAAGUUAUACCUGUUAGUGCAAAGUACGGACAUGGAAUAGAAGAUGUCAAAGACUGGAUUUUAUCCAAACUUCCCUUUGGCCCACCUUAUUAUCCCAAGGAUAUUGUGAGUGAGCACCCUGAGAGAUUCUUUGUUGCUGAGAUCGUUAGAGAGAAGAUUUUUAUGCAGUACCGAAAUGAAGUUCCUUAUUCAUGCCAGGUGAACGUGUUGAGCUACAAAACUAGACCAGCUGCAAAAGAUUUUAUUCAAGUGGAAGUAGUUGUGGAUAAAAAUUCACAGAAGAUCAUCCUUAUAGGAAAAGAAGGGAAGGCAUUGAAAACUCUAGCAACGGCUGCUCGACUUGACAUUGAAGAUUUCCUUCAGAAAAAAGUUUUCCUUGAGGUGGAAGUGAAAGUGAAAGAGAAUUGGAGGCAAGAUGAGGGACUUCUCAAGUACUAUGGAUAUGGAGGGCAGAUCAGAGCUAUGUAAGUAAGUAGUGUGUCGUUAUCUGGAUCGCCUUCAAAUGGGCUAAUUAUGAAGAAGAUUUAGAAAGUGCAAACGGCAGGGCUCAGUUCAGCUUUUUCCCCAUUUUUGUUUUGUUUGUAUUUAACCGAUACAGCUCAGCCUCAGGUUAGCUUUUGUUUCCAAUCUUAAUCCAGCAAUCCCUUUGAAAAUUAGAAGUCUUCUUUUGUCUUGUUCCACAUAACUAACUAGUAUUCAUUUCAUAAUCACAUUGUCAACCUACUAGGUAAAUUUUACUUUUCUAGAUGGUCAUGGGCUAAAGC